AUGGAAAAACCGCAAUCAGCUUUGGCACACGAGGUCAGCAAGUUCAGCAAAAGGAUAUUCGUCUGGACGAUUGAGAAAUCUUGUAGGGAACAUGGGAACCAUUCAGAACUUUCGGUAGUAGUCCCCUUGGACUACAUCCGCAUGUCGACACUCUACCGAAUAGCAAGCAACAAGAAACGAUUCUACCUCAGCACCAGAACCAUAGAUCUUUGGGACGAGCUGGGACGAGACAGCCCGACAAUCCGCGGGCGGCCGACGUGGCUUGGGAAGUUCGAAGACAGCAGUCAGGACCGUGAACAACUCGACCAGAUCGUCAACCGGAUCAAGGAGGCAUUGCGGAAGUUGGUCGAAGCGAAGUUGGGAUCAGCAGACGGCUGGUGUAGCAAGGACUGGGUGUCGAUGUUCAUCAAGGAAGAGGAGGUACAAGGAAUUUUUUGCGGGGGAAGACUACUGCGUUUGAGAGAAACUGUGGCGAAGAACUUGUAA